GAAAUCCUAUCCCAUCCAAAAAUUCCCGAUAAUAAUCAUGUCACUCUUCGUAACCCAAAUAUUCCACCAGCUCGUAAAAUCAAUAACUCUCCUCAGACUUACCCUCGUGUUAAUUAUCACUAUAAUUGUUCUCAUUUCUAUUAAAGUAUUUUCCAACGAGGAGAAUGACAUCACAAAUUUAAUAUUCCACCCAAUCCCAGGACACGAAUUAAGCCCUAGUGACCCCUUAAUUUUGCAAUAUUUGCGAGACCAUCACCUCACCGCGCCCCCGCAUAACCGCACCUACUUUGACCCUAAAACGCUACAUCCCCUAAAUUACCACGUGCUACGCGCGAUGCAAAUUUUAUUCGGGGGAAAGGUUCUUCCAAAGGGGAAGUUCUUCUUGGAGUGUGGCGCAAACGAUGGGCAAUUUAUUAGUAAUACGAUCAAGUUGGAGGUGAAGCAUAAUUGGACAGGCGUGUUGGUCGAGGGGUCGCCCAGUUUGGUGAAGAAGUUAAAAAAUAAGGGAAGGAAUGCUUGGGUGGCGGAUAUUUGCUUGGGAGGGAAACAACCAGAACAGAUUGAAUUCCUCAUGCACAAAGAUAAAUUUCCAAACUGGAGGAUUGGGAAUGGGAAAAUUAACCCAAGUGGGAAAUACGACAGCCCAUUGGAUGCGGGGGGAUUUAAACGAGACUAUUACAAUUCUGACGGAAUUGUGAACUGUUUCCCGUUGGAAUCUCUUCUCCGUGCCGUGAAUGUAGAACGCGUCGACUUUUUCAGUUUGGAUGUCGAGGGUCACGAAUACAAAAUUUUGAAGGCAUUCCCCUUCAACAAGUUUGAUAUUAAGAUUAUCCUGGUUGAACAUUUCCUCGCCCCGGAAGGGAGCAAAGCAAUAAAGUCAUUACUUGAAGAAAACGGAUAUAUUUUGCUGCACGAUAGCGGAACGGACUACGUAUUUUAUAAAAGAUAACUAAUCAUUACUUACUAUUAGAUUUGUGAAUAAAUAAACUGUGCAUACCCAAAA